AUGGACGCAAUGGUGAGCGAACUUCAGGAGGCAAUCGCCGUUGCCGAUCAAAUGCUAGACUGUGCUGAGAAAGGAAGGUCGUGUUUUCGACAACUGUGUGGGGAUGUCAACGCUUUGAAGACAUUGCUGAUGCUGAUCGCCUCUCAGAUGAAGGAUUCCAGGACUGAAGGGCCAACUGUACAAGCUCUGACGAACGCAGUCAAGGACACAAAAGAAACUCUGGGAGCGGCCAUGAAGCUCAUAGAGCAGGCCAAUGACCAGACCUAUCGAAAUCUGCUUGUGUACAACAUCCCUUUCAUCAAUCCUACACCCUCAGUGGCCAGUGCUCUGCAGAAGGCGAACAGAGACCUUCUAAAUGCUCACUCCAGAGCUGUCACAAACAGACAACGCGAUAACACAGUGUUUUCCCCUGAGCAGCAUUCACCAGGGCUCCAGGCUGGAGGCAACCAGGUGAUAGGGACAGCAUACCAUCCAAGGAUGAUGGAGUUCCUGGAAUGUCAGCUAUCGGAAGCACGGAAAGUCUCUUGGCCGGAAGACACACUUGAGAACUGGACAUCGGAGUGGCAGUAUGCACUUGAACAAGGAGACAGGCUGCUUGAGAAGCACAAGGAAUUCGAUUUGAAGAAGUUCUACAAGACAAGCGAUGCCAAGCAGGGCAUCGAAAAGGUCUGCCGCAAGUUGAAGGCACUCCUCCUCGAGAUUCAUCCAGGUUCUACAGAAAAGAUUGUUGAUGAAGUGCCCGAAGAUUUCGUCAAGGAGGAUCGUGUACUCUUGUACUUGCGUCUGUCAUUGGUUUUUGGCCUGCAACAGGGCAACCAUCAGCAUGCCAUUGGUGGUGAAGCCAUGCAGAAUUGGGAAGCCGUCAAGAGAGAGCAUGAGGAACGGCUGCAACUCCUUCGAGUCAUGGACAAGAGUGAGAUUCAACUGGAGACACUGAUCAAUGAAGGUGCUUAUGGUGAACUGUACAGAGCCCGAGUGGGAGAAGAGAUACGAGCUGUAAAGAAGCUGAAGACAGACAAGGAUGGUCCAAUCAAUUUUAUUCUUGAGGACUUUGCCAGCUUCUUCAAGGAAGUGUCCAUCCAAGCCUCUCUGGAUGCACAAUACGUGGCCAGGGUUUUUGGCACCACAAGAAAUGGCUGGAUAGUCAUGGAGAUGGCUGACAACGAUUUGAGGAGACUGACCCACGGAAAUGGUGGCAUGCCAUGGCCUGCAAAAUUCAGUCUUGUGCACAAGGCAGCCAAAGCCUUGAAGCACGUCCAUUCCAAGCGUGUGGUUCAUUGUGAUGUGAAGGCAAGGAAUUUCCUUGUUUUUGGUGAGGACCCCACGAGCUGUGACGUGAAGAUCACCGAUUUUGGCAUCAGUGUUGAAGAAACAGCCACCAGGAGCAAGACUGUGAGGUGCCCAGGGGGUACUUUUCUGUGGACAGCGCCAGAGGUGUGCACUGGCGAACCUCCAACAACGAUGUCAGACGUCUACAGUUUCGGCGUCACGAUGUAUGAAGUGGUGACAGGGGUGUCUCCUUUCCGACGUGCGCCUGCUGAAGGGAGGAACACCUUAAACACCCUCCAUCUGACUGUGCUGCACAACAAGUUGGGCGAAAGAGACCCUUGUGUCGUCCUCGACCAUCACUGUCCUCGAGAAAUGAAGCGAAUAAUGCGAGAGUGCAUUCAAAAAGAUCAGGAACGGAGGCCCAGUAUGGAAGACGUUGUCCGGCGCUUGGAGGCUUUGAGAGAUUCCAAGGCAGCAGUCACUGUCAAGAACACCGAUGACCCAAAGAUAGUUACGCGGAACGUCCCCUCUGAGGUUAAUACUGCUUCGAAGGCGAUUCGCAUUGUCAAUGCUGCACGAGAUGUUAUGGAAGCUGUGGAGUACAAUAAAGGCACGCUGAGAUUUCUGAUUAUGCAGCUGCAGCAAUUGGCAAAUGAGUUGACAGCAGAGAAUAUUUUGGCAGCCCAACAGAGGGGCUGGGGAGGUUCAGACCUGUUGAGAUCAUUGAAAGCAGCACAGCGUCUUGUCAACCGCCAUGCUCAGCCGUUCAAUUUGCAGGAAUUCUACUCCAGCAGAGAGGCAGUGCAUGUGGUCGAGCGCAUCUGUGAUGAGUUGCGACAAUUUGUCUUCUCUGCCCAUCUGCACCACAAGGUCACAAUUAACGACACAGUGCCUGCAGAGUGUGCCGAGUCGGAUGCCAAUUUUUUGUGCAUGGGGCUUGGUUUUGUAAUGGGGGGUGAAGAGUUGAGCACUCACGAUGUCAGUGUGAAGGUGUACUGGAAAGUUGCACUGGGCGAAUUGCAACAAAAAAUGCAAGGUUUGACAGUGAUUCUGGAGGAUGAAGUCGUUGUUGGAGAACAGAUUGGACAAGGGGCAUCUGGCAACGUGCAUUGGGCUCAGUGGGGAGGUAAAAGAGUGGCCAUCAAAAAGCUGGGCCUGGGCUAUGAGUCUGUGAUUUGGGAGGACCGACUACGAUUCGUCUGUGAGGCUGCCAUCCAUGCACGUGUGCAUCACCCUGCCAUUUGCACCAUUUACGGUGUGACCAAAACUCACAGAUGGUUGGUGAUGGAACCGGCGGAUAUGGAUCUGCGAAUGUGUCUGAAUCGAAGAGACACCAUCUUCAGUCUAAAAGUGCGCCUGCAUUUGAUGCAAAAGGCAUCAGAGGGGCUUGCGCAUUUGCACAGCAUGCACGUUGUUCAUCGUGACGUGAAGCCUUCCAAUUUCCUCAUUUUCGGGGCGGAAGACCCUGAAACCGCUUCUGUGAAACUGACUGACUUUGGCGUCGCAGUGGGCCAAAGUGAAGACUGGAGAGUCGCACAGACCAUGAGGGGACAGCCAGGGACACAGGAGUACAUGGCUGUGGAACUCUACGACGGCCGGAACGCCACUGCAAGAAGUGAUGUUUACAGUUUUGCGAUUGUGAUGUGCGAGAUCUUGACUGGCAGAAGACCUUAUGCAAGUGCCAACAACUUCUAUGGAAUAGUGGCAGCCAAAUUCCGUGAGGAGCUACCCUGUCCCCUUCCCAAGGAUUGCCCAGAUGUGUUGUUGGAGUUGAUCCGGCACUGCCUCGCUAUGAACCCAAAAAAAAGACCACGAAUGACAGUGGUUGCUGAUACGUUGAAUUCUGUUGCGGCUGAACUGGGAUUCUUGUAG